GCUCCUCUGCCGACCCGGAAGCAGAGCUGUGCGCCGGUGGCGCUGGUGGAGCCACCGCCCCCUCGCCGUUUCGCCGCCGCUUGGGGAACCCGGAGAGCCGCGGCGAGGGGUUACCCUGAUGGUACCCCGCAGGCGGCGGCGGCGGCGGCAGAGGUGGCGGGAGGAUGAGCUCUACCCGGGAGCGAGGUGCCGACCUGGCCCGUUUCUACACUGUCACCGAGCCCCAGCGACACCCAAGGGGCUACACGGUGUAUAAGGUUACCGCCCGGGUUGUUUCACGAAGAAAUCCAGAGGAUGUCCAGGAGGGAGAAUCCUGAACCAACUUAUCCAUGAACAUACUCUCUGCCAUUUCCUUAAUCCUUUUUUGGGGAACAGUCUUUUAUAAUAACAACUGUUGGUGAACCAUUCAUCAGAAAGCUCUUAUAAUCGUGUGGAAGAGAUACAGUGACUUUAAGAAACUACACAAAGAACUAUGGCAAAUUCACAAAAACUUAUUCCGACAUUCAGAAUUGUUUCCUCCGUUUGCUAAAGGAAUAGUGUUUGGACGAUUUGAUGAAACUGUUAUUGAAGAGAGGAGACAGUGUGCUGAAGAUCUGCUACAGUUCUCUGCCAAUAUUCCCGCUCUUUAUAACAGCAAACAGCUUGAAGAUUUUUUCAAGGGUGGAAUAAUUAAUGAUGGUUCUGAAUUGAUUGGUCCUGUUGAAGCUUAUUCAGAUUCCCUCACUGAUAGCUUACCUGAGUGUAGUACAGAAGGUUUCUCCAGUGACAGUGACCUGAUAUCUCUUACUGUUGACGUGGAAUCUCUUGCUGAGUUAGAGGAUGGAAUGGCUUCCAAUCAGAAUUCUCCCAGUAGAACUUUUGGUCUCAAUCUUUCUUCGGAUCCUUCAGCACUAGGGGCUGUUGCUUCUGACAGUGAGCAGAACAAAGCAGAAGAAGAACGGGAAAAUCGUAGCCUCUUUCCUGGCAGUUUAAAAUCCAAGCUUGGCAAGAGAGAUUAUUUGGAGAAAGCAGGAGAAUUAAUAAAGCUGGCUUUAAAAAAGGAAGAAGAAGACGACUAUGAAGCUGCUUCUGAUUUUUAUAGGAAGGGAGUUGAUUUACUCCUAGAAGGUGUUCAAGGAGAGUCAAGCCCUACCCGGCGAGAAGCUGUGAAGAGAAGAACAGCAGAGUAUCUCAUGCGAGCAGAGAGUCUCUGUAGCUUUUAUAGAAAACCUCAGUUCGAUGAUGUGUCUCAGGUUUUACUUGUAAUGGACACAAGGACAGAACAGACAUUCAUUUUAAAAGGUCUCAGGAAAAGCAGUGAAUACAGCGGGAACAGAAAGACCAUCAUCCCCCGCCGUGUACCCAACAUGGUGUGUCUGCACAAGUACAUCGUUUCUGAGGAGUCGGUGUUUCUUGUGCUGCAGCACGCGGAAGGUGGCAAACUCUGGUCAUACAUCAGUAAAUUUCUAAACAGAAGUCCUGAAGAAAGCUUUGACAUUGAGGAAGUGAAAAAAUCUACACUUACUAAAGUCCACCUACAGCAGCCAAGUUCUAGUCCUCACGACAGCAGUAGCUUUGAAUCCAGAGGAAGUGAUGGCGGAACGGUGCUUAAAGUUCAGCCUGUGAAGACUAGUCUUACUCUGAGCUCUCAAGAUGAUAGCAACCAAGACGAUGAUGGCCAGGAUAGCUCUCCAAAAUGGCCAGAUUCUGGCUCAAGCUCAGAAGAAGAAUGUACUACUAGUUAUUUAACAUUAUGCAAUGAAUAUGGUCAAGAAAAGAUUGAACCCGGGUCAUUGAAUGAGGAGCCUUUCAUGAAGACCGAAGGGCAUGAUGUUACUACCAAAGCCAUUGAAAGCAUCCCAGCACACCUCGCUGCUGCUGGCAGUGACAGCCCCAGCACACAGCUGUCAGCUCAUGAGCUGAAGUUCUUCCCUGCAAACAAUGACCUGCAAACAGUUAGUUCUCCAAGAACAUAUGAUUCCCUCAGUAGAUCUAAAAACAGCCCCAUGGAAUUCUUUAGGAUAGAUAGUAAAGAUAGCACUAGUGAAAUCCUAGGACUUGAUUUUGGAGGAAAAAUAUAUAGUCUAAAGUCAGAGCCUUUGAAACCAUUUUUUACUCUUUCAGAUGGAGACAGCACUUCCAGGGGUUUUGAUAUCUGUGAAAGCAAGGUUAUAGCUCAGGACACCAUUAGCGGGGGCUCAGAUGACUCUGUCCCAGUCAUUUCUUUUAAAGAUGCUGCUUUUGAUGACGUCAGUGGUACUGAUGAAGGAAGGCCUGAUCUUCUUGUAAAUCUACCUGGUGAAUUGGAGCCAACAAAAGAUGGUGCAGCAAUGGGACCUACUAAGUUUACACAGACUAAUGUAGGCAUAAUAGAAAGUAAACUCCUGGAAGCCCCCGAUGUUUUAUGCCUCAGGCUUAGUACUGAUCAGUGCCAAACUCUAGAAGAAAAAGACUCAGAGGAAUUGAGUGAUCCCUCUAGGCUUCAACCCCAUAUUAUAACAGAGAAACACUAUGUACAGGGGGGUGUUGGGAUGUUAUUUGCAGCAGCUGUUGAUCGCAGUAGUGCAGGACACACGUCUUUGUUACACAGCUCAGAUCCUAACUUUCAAGGACUUGGAGCGGUUGAGUCAGCAAUUACUGCAAACAAUACAGAAGAAAACUUAUUUCCUAUUUCUGACCCACUCUCAGGUGCUAACGAAUGUAAUGCGAACACAGACACUUUAAUAACUGAAGAAGUAUUGCUCUUUACAGAGCCUGCUGAUGAUUUGGUUGAAGAGGAACAGACUUUAUUUCAGAGAAACUCUGUGACUACGGGAGCCAGUGAGUUAGCACUAGAAGGAGACCAGGAAAUACAUCAGAUUUUUGAGGACCUUGAUAAAAAAUUAGCACUAAACUCCAGGUUUUACAUCCCAGAGGGCUGCAUUCAAAGAUGGGCAGCUGAAAUGGUGGUAGCCCUUGAUGCUUUACACAGAGAGGGAAUUGUGUGCCGCGAUUUGAACCCAAACAACAUCUUAUUGAAUGAUAGAGGACACAUUCAGCUAACGUAUUUUAGCAGGUGGAGUGAGGUUGAAGAUUCCUGUGACAGCGAUGCCAUAGAGAGAAUGUACUGUGCUCCAGAGGUUGGAGCAAUCACUGAAGAAACUGAAGCCUGUGAUUGGUGGAGUUUGGGUGCUGUCCUCUUUGAACUUCUCACUGGCAAGACUCUGGUUGAAUGUCAUCCAGCAGGAAUAAAUACUCACACUACUUUGAACAUGCCAGAAUGUGUCUCUGAAGAGGCUCGCUCACUCAUUCAACAGCUCUUGCAGUUCAACCCUGUGGAGCGUCUUGGUGCCGGAGUUGCCGGUGUUGAAGAUAUCAAAUCUCAUCCAUUUUUUACCCCUGUGGACUGGGCAGAACUGACGAGAUGAACGUAAUGCAGGGCUACCUGCACACAUUCUGAUCUUGUCUGGGACAGGCGUCUCCAGCACACAGGCGCCUCUGCCGCCCAGUCACUUGUGGAGCCCAGAGCCCUGGGAUCACGACGUUUAGAGGAAACGGGGGAAGAAAAGGCUGAACAAGACAAUUCUUCUACAAUUAGUGUCUGGACAAGAUCCUGGCUACAUUCGCAAGGGGCUGUUAUGUACAAACCUUUAACCAAGAUGUGAUGUUUAUUUUAUCUGCAUUUAAUGUCACAGAUGAGUUGUAAACUCAACUGAAAGAAGAAUGCCCUUCAAGAACUUCCUCUGAUAGGGAACUCCAAGUGUAGAAUUAAAUGGUACUUGAAAGGAGGACCUUGACAUGGCAGCUAACCAUGCUUUCUGCUAACCAAGAUUGGUAUAUAUGAUCAAAUUAAUAUUUGUUGGAUAAUAUACUACAAGUGCUUCAUGAAUAAUAUGAUCUAUGGAUCUUAAAAAAGUGAGGGAAAAAGAAUGCACAUCAUGCCUGAUAGGAAAUGUGUACCAUGAAGCCAUAUAAUUAAUGGAUGUUGAAUGUGGACCCAAAUCGUUUCAUACUGUCAGAAGUCCACAUGAGAAGAAAACGCUUCAUGAUGCCUACUUAGUAAUUGGUUGGUUGAGACUGCUUACAGAAGGGUUCAUAAGCACACUCACUCUGUCACUCUCUUCAACCGUAUUUUUCGACUUCCUAAACCUUUUGCCUAUUCGCUCAUAUUCUGUUCCUCCUACCCCUACUAAAACAUAUGCAACAAGAAAGGGAAAGGAGUAUUUAUUUUCCCAAAUUGUGUCAACUUGAUAAGGAUUAAGAAAUCAUGAUGUAAAAUAAACGUGGCAAAAAUUCAAAUCUCUCCUUCAUUUAAUUCUUGAAGUUGUUUUUGUUUGUUUUGUUUUUAGUAGAAAAGCCUCUCUUCCUUUCAUUUUUGAAUGUUAGCAAUUUCUGCUGCUUCUUAUGCUCGACUUCAUUUUAGAUUUUUAUCUUGACAUGCUAAGAACCAAAGGAGCUCAUCUAAAUGGAAUUGAACGGCAAUCCUAUUUUAUUACCUAUAACGAUGGGAUUUCCAGAUCUGACCUUCUAAUCUACUUGACAAUGUAUAGAAAGAGUAUGGGUAUUUACCUAUCUCCAACAUUUGUAUUUGUUAUUUCUUUGUGUUGCUAAGAUAGCUCCUGUAAUCAUGCAUUGUUUACAACAAUUUACAAUUAUUUUUAAAGUGUUCAUGUCUGUUUUUUUUAACUUUCUGCAAAGAAGAAAUAUAAGUCACUAUUUCCAAGUUAGAUGCCACCAGAAAUAAUGAAAGCUUCCUGUGUGUUUUCCUCCUUCGUAUUUUUGAGCUGUGUGAGAGCCCAUCCGUACUCCAAGGCUUCCAUCUGCCAUCGGCUAGGUCCUCCCGUCCAAUUCAGUGGAAGCAGAAAAUGCGUUAGUGAAACAAAGGAAAUGUGCAAGCAUUUUUUCUUUUCCUCUUAUCCUACUCCCCCUUUUUCCUUUUUGGUCCCCUUAUAACCUGAACCCCAGCUGAAGGGCUGUGACAACACCAGGAUGGGGAGCAGGUCACCAGGAUCAUAGCUCAGUCAAGAUGACAUCACUCCCUGGAACUGGAUUUCAACUUACCAGCCCCCUGGCCUCAUAACAGGAACACAUGCAGGUGAGGCAGAAGAAUGACUUCCUGUGUAGGACUGGUAGGAAAUCUGCAAGUACUUAGAACCAGCCGUUAAAGCGCUUCCUUCCAGAAGUGCCCUGUGACACCAAAGUAGGACUUCACAACUAAGGUGAAGCUCCCAGCCCUACCACGUGAUUUUGGUCCCAUGGAUUCAGAGAACAGCAAUGUCAACAGAUGGUUGCUGUGUCAAUGAGUUGACACAAUUCCAUUGCUUCGAUUUCUCUCUGUAUUUUUGAUUGGAACUUGUGCUUCGUGUAAAUGCAUCAUUCAUAAUCAUGGUGGACAUGAAUUAUUUUAGUAAUGUUAAGCCAUAUUUAGGCCAGGAGCAGAAACCUUAUCUUAAAAGCCA